AUGAAGCGCAAGGCAAGCCCAGGGCCCGAUGGCCCCGUUGCAGAUGCGAAGAAAAGAGCCCUUUCCCCCGAAGAAGCUGUGGCUCGUUUCGGACCCGGCCUGUUCGACAAAGCCACCCUCAACAAAUAUAAGAAUGCAUAUGCCCACUCAGAGCCCUAUAAACAUGGCGUGAUUUGCCCGCUCAUCGCCCCGGAGCUGCUCCGCUCCGUCCGCAGCGAGAUCCAGGAACAUCUUUCUUUCACCGAAAAAGAAACCGAUAUCUACAAAAUCUUCCAAUCUGGCGAUCUGGCUAACUUGGAUGGUUUGGACGAUGCCUCACUUUCUCGAUUACCGUCCCUCCUCAAGCUGCGCGAUGCCUUGUACUCCCUGUCGUUCAGGGAAUACCUGUCUGAGGUGACUGGGGCUGGGAAAUUGAGCGGACGCAAGACCGAUAUGGCAAUUAACGUAUACACCGGAGGCUGCCAUCUACUUUGCCAUGACGAUGUGAUUGGCACGAGGCGCGUGAGCUAUAUUCUCUAUUUGACAGACCCAGAUGCUCCGUGGAAGCCAAGCUACGGCGGAGCUUUGAGACUCUUCCCAACCACGACUAAAACAGAUGCGAACGGAGAUGAGGUGAAGGUCCCCACUCCAGAUUUCACACUGUCGAUCCCUCCGGCGUUUAACCAGUUAAGCUUCUUCACUGUGCAACCCGGCGAAAGCUUCCACGAUGUCGAGGAAGUGUAUCAUAUUGACGGCGAGGGCUCCGAGCAGGAGAAAAAGGAACGGGUCCGCAUGGCCAUCAGUGGAUGGUUCCAUAUUCCCCAGGAAGGAGAAGAUGGCUACGAGCCGGGAUUAGAAGAGAAGCUAGCGGAGCGAAGUAGUUUGCAACAGCUUCAGGGACAAGGCGAUGAAUUUGAUCGUCCUCAGCCACAAGUUGUGGAGUAUGAAGAAGCCGCUGAUCCGUCUGCGGCCAAAGGCAAAGGGAAACAAGCCGCUACGGACAGUGACACCGACAAAGAGUUCACCGAAGAGGAUCUUGACUUCCUCCUUAAGUACAUGGCCCCAUCUUAUUUGACGCCAGAUGUCAGUGAACAACUCUCCGAGAUCUUUGACAGCGAGUCGUCCCUCAGCCUUGAGCGUAUCUUUUCAGACAAGUUCGCUUCCCGGAUUCGCACAUACAUUGAAAGCCAGGAGAAAGAAGCCCUUCCGACUGCCUCGGACGAAAUCGAGAAGCAAACGGACUGGAAAGUAAGCCGGCCGCCGCAUAAGCACCGAUAUCUUUAUCAGCAGCCAAGACUGAGCGUCGACGACCAAGAGAAGACGCCAAUCCAAGAGAUAGUAGAGGUACUCCUUCCUUCGAAGGCAUUCAAGAAGUGGCUGAUGAAAGCCACCGACCUCGAUGAUUUUGUUAGCCAUAAUUUCCUCGCGCGACGAUUUCGACGAGGCGAGGACUAUACUCUCGCCAGCGGAUAUGACGGCGACUCCCCAAGACUAGAAUUUACUAUUGGGCUAACGCCCACUCCUGGUUGGGGCCAGGAGGAUGAAGCGGACUCAGAUAGCGAGGAAGACAAGAACGGCACUUCUUCCAAGCCUAAGAAAGAAGAUGAUGGCCCUUCUGUGGGAGGCUAUGAGAUCUAUAUGGCUGCUGAGGACGACGACGAGGAAGGAGAUGAUGAUGCUGCUGCUGCGGAGAAAGUUCCCAGCUCGACAGGCACCAAGUCCAAAAUCAAGAAGACCAAAGCCGACCCUGCGAUCUACCGAUCGGCGGCGGACAACGAGGAUGACGGCAUCCUGUUCAGCAUGGGGGCUGGGUGGAAUCGGAUGAGCGUCGUUCUGCGAGAUCGUGGGGCGCUUAAGUUUGUCAAGUACGUGAGCCGGUCCGCGAAGGGCGAUCGCUGGGACGUCACGGGCGAGAUUGAGGUUAGAUUUGAGGAUGAGGAUGAAGAUGAAGAUGGUGUGAAUGGUGACUGA